UAUUUACAAUCAAAUUUCAAACUCAGUGUCCCAAAAUGCUAUCAAAAAAAACUAUUAUUUGAUAACUUUAUAGAUCUGAUAAUAAUUAAUGAUGAUGCCAGCCAACCCAGAGCCUGAGCUUGAGGUGAAAUGUUGCGUGUGAUACAAUGGCAUUGUUAGAAAAAAUCCUAUCUACUAAGAGAAAACUUAAUGAUUAUUGGGACUCACAAAACAGGGGCAGGUACGUCUUAUCGAGUGCAUAUAAUUCAUUGUUUUCUAUAUCUGUGUGAGUAGCAUAUCAUUAGGGGGAAAUGACGCACGUAGCUUUCGGCUGUUCGUACUUCGUAGGGCGGAUUUUUGAGUUGCGAAGUUAUGAUGUAGUGACGCACACGAUGCUGGCAAGUGGCAGUACGACAUCACCGUCACCGACUAGCUUAGCGGAGGAAGGCUCGGAGCAUGUGAUAAGAGCGGUGGCAGCGGGGGGAAGCGUAGGCGACCGCUCGAUCACGUCACUCAGGAGGGGCGACCGCUUCAGCCAAUGUUUACUUGUUAUUCACUAGCGAGUUAGUACACUCGCACAUUCCAAACCACUCGGCCGUUGUCUAUCGGUUGUCUAAGUGCAUUUACAGUGAAACCUCUUGGGUUGUUGCAUUUCAUGUACUUUUGGUGCAUGUGGCUAAAAGUUUUAUUGUUGAAUUCUCUUAAUUUGGAUUUUUGGUAACAGCUGUGAUGAAAUAUUCAAGCCACUAUGAAAUAAAAUGAAAUUUAGGUCUUGUGAAAUAGCUUUGGAGCAAGUGCGACUGCUUCUGUACAAAGAGUGUGAUCGUAGAGGAAGAAAAGUUUUGUUUGACUCAUCAACCAUAGAUAAAGUGCCUGCAUCCAAAAAUGACAAGCCUGAAUUCAAAAACCCGGACAAGGUGCCCUGCAUUGUGGAGGUUUCAGAAGGGUUUACAUAUAUUUAUAAAGGCCAAGCGGGCGAUGCGAGCGUCCUCGGUGAGAUGAUAUUUGGCGCAGUUGCUAUGAACUGCAAGAGCGUAUCAUUGAAGAUUCACAUUAUGAGCGACCCGAAAAGGUUAAUGUGCACAAAAUUAUUCAGCGUACCUCAAUCGCGGCGGAUCGGUCGGGGAGAUAGGAAGAUCACUGAGACGAAGAGCAGUGGUAAUCUAAACAGCAGCUCCAAACCGCUGAACGUGCCUCAAUUGAAGGAAGAGGGUGUAUCGUUGAGUUUUUCACUGGAUAGGGGGGAUUCUGGGUUCUAUGGCGAACAAUCUCCGUACAGCAGUGUGGGAUCUACGUGCGAUUACUUCUCCAUGUUCGACACGUGGGAACACAGCUCACCAGACGAUUACUGCUUUUACACGCCGAGCCGACAGUUGAGUAGUUCCAGCAGCGGUAGCUGGCAGCGUAGAACCUUCCAGAGCAUGGCCACGAGGUUCGACUUCAAUAACAGUACGCCGCAGGUGCCCACGUCUACAACCAUCUCAAGUUCUGAUUCUCAGCUAUACAGCAACAGCUCUUCAAGCGGCACGACAGACAGUCUUGCGAGUUCUUCGAUCUCAACUAGAAGAGGCAAGCUGGGUCUGGCUUUACUCAUCAGCGUAGCUGAGUCUGUUGAUAUGGAUCUUGUUCGUCGCUGCAUGGAACACUCGCCGCAGUUACAAGCUCUCGUGUGUCGUUUACGCCUAGCCACUCUCACCGCGGGGAUAGGCAACGCCUUCGUGUCUACACUGCACAAGGCUACGGAAGACGCGGCGUUAUGGUUGUCAGAUCUUAUGUUUGGACCGCGGUUGCAUUCGGUGUGGUUGGAUCUAGUCACCAGUGAACCUGACUAUACCAACAAAAUCGCGAACAGCCUUCUAACAGACCUCUGCUGGGUGUUAACAUUCGGUGAUACAAAAAAUACGAACUUUUUCAUCAGCACACUCCUAACGUACGUCCUCACGCAUCACCUCGGGUGGGUAGCUACAGUCAGUCCCUACGACACAGUAGACGAACCGCAGAGCACGCAAGAAAGCACCGACUUGCGUCGUCCAUACAACGCACUAUGGGCACAACUAACCGACCUCUGUGGCAGCGUUGGCUUCCCGCCACGAUCCUCCAGAACCAUCAUCACAGGAUCCAACAACCAACAGUUCAUAAACAGGCUACUCGGUGUGCUAACAUACUUCUUGCGUUGCGGAGACGUUAAGAAAAACGACUUCACGUAUCAAGAUUGUGCGCUCAGUGAAGCUAAAGUUGUGAAUGUGAAUAGUAAAAUUUCGGAUUCUGGUAGAACCACAAAACGAUUAGAAGUGGAAGAGUGUACAAAAGAUAGUUUAAGAGUUCCCUCGUUCAAUAGGAGUAGCGGUAGUAGUGUCAGUACUUUAGUAUCAAGUGAGGUUGGUCUGAGGAAGUCGACAACGCUCGCGAAUUUAAGUCAAAAGCUCUCUAGUUCAGAAAACGUGAUAGACAGCGGCAGUAGUGGUGAAGCCCAGCCCAAACCGUUACGGAGACAACCUACUAUGAUGAUCUCGUUGAAGGACUCUUCAGAUUCCAAUUCAGACUUGUCGACGUCCGAGGAAAGUGGGAAUAAAGUUUUAUUCGUGCUCGGCGAUGAUGAAAAACUGGUUGGCUUGAAGAACAAGUCGAACGGUGGGAAGUGCGUUAAGAAAUCGUCCAAGGUCCACAACGAGCCGGUAACCUUGGAAACCACUGAGAACACUGAGCCCUGCACCCAGGUCCACGAUAAAGAAAAGUCGUCCAGAAACACCGACAGCCCGUCUAAGUGCUGCGCGCAAACACUGCAACAUUCCAAGCCAAUAAAACAUUCCGGUUUUAAGUUUGAGUUCGAUAAGUACCCGCAGAUAGUCACUAAUUAUAUGAAGAGUAAAAACUUAGAGAUCUUAGAUAGGCACUAUAUAGGCAAGCCGGGGAAUCUGAAGCUGGAGAAUUUCCAGUUCGACCCUACUUUCGUUCCGCCGAUACAGGAGGAGCGAUGCGAGACAUGCUACAAAUGUCAGUUGAUGGAGUCUAUGUUGCAAACGCCGACGAACGCUUCCGAAAUGGAGUACAUGAACGAUAUGCCUCGGCAGACUGAGCCGCAGUUCGCGAAAGAAUUGAUAGUCAGUGAAACGGAACAGCAUAGGGAAAUGUCACCAAAAACUUUCGUCAGGAAACGCAAGGAGAAUACAGUGAUUGUCAAUGUAAAGAGCAAAGACGAUAAGAGUGUUUGUGUAUCGAGGGACGUUUGUUUUAGUGUAAAAUUAGAGGAAGAAGGCGCUGUGAAAAAGGUGAAUGAUAAGUUAGAAGUGAAGAGAGUGAUUGAGUUCCCGUUGGCGAAAAUGUGUACGCAGCUCCGUACGCAAGUGCGGUCCGGCUAUGACGUCACGCUUCUCGGCGGCCUCUCAAACCACUAUGUACCUGAUUUAGUUUUACAAGGAACAUCAGCAAAUCCCACAACUUGGGAAGCGGAGCUCAGGCGGGAUUUGGACUUGUCUUCGUAUCUACACAAAAGUGUGGACGCGCCAAUACAGUCCGUCGCGAUUGUGGGAGACACAAAUAUGUGGGAGGUGCGACUGAUCGGGCGAGCGUGUGGCAGCGGCGGUUUAUCGCCGCUCGUGGGUGGAAUGCUGGAUGCAAUCACUGCCAUGCGCAGAGCCAAUUUACCACCGCAUCAGUGUCUCUUGUAUCUGGAAAGCAAGCUCCGAGAAUUCUGCGUGCUGUCCAAAACGUUAGCAGACAUGCUUAUGUCGACAGACUUCUGCGAUAUAGCAACCCUCACGAAAUCACUUAGCAUCGACGAGAAUGACGUUCCCCUGCUAUUAGCAAUAGCAACUACGCAUACUCCACAAGUAACAAGAAGAUACGGUAUCAGCUAUAGGUGAUGUUAAAUGUAAAAUGGAUAUGGUAUCUGCUAAAUUUCUGGUUGGUUUACUUCUAUACAAAUAAUAUAAUGACAAAUAAACAACAAAUCUCUCCGUUUUAUUUGUAUGUUUGAAGUCGAUAUACUCGAAAACUACAGAACCGAUUUUUAUUAAUGUUUCAACGUUAGAAAGCUUUUUAUCCUGCUACAUUUUAUUUUGGUAUAAGAAUCAAACCACUAAUAACGGUAUUCGUUAAGCAAGCUAGAAGCAAUAUCAGUAACUUGCUGUUUAAUCCGCGUGCGCUUGCAAAAUGGGUCGUACUAAGUGAAUGUAUGUACUACACAAAAAUAUUCGUCUUUUGUUGAUCUUAAAAAUAGACUGUGGAGCCAAAUACGCUAUCGAUUAUAAAUAAACCACAAUGACGCAUUUUAUGUCGAAAAUAAUUUGUGAUUUUGAAUCGUCAUUAUUGAACAUAAAAUAUUAAUCCUUACAGAAAAUAUUAAGUUUAUUUUCAAGACAAUGUUAUGUAGAUAAACCUUGCUUUUGCAGCAUGUCAUUUUGUCAUAUAUGAUAUGUCUAGUAACAUUGCGUCACGACCCUAAGGCAUUCCGCGCACUAGGCAGCCAGCCAGUUAUAGCAGCCCAUCGACGACAGCCAUUUGUGAUCCUUUAGUCGAGCGAUAUGGCGCGGAAUACUUUAAAUUUGCUUUACGGCUUUCUAUUUCCCGAUUGAAUUUCUCUGUAUCGAAAGUCCGUCCGGCUGGUACAAAAUGUCCGCGGAGACUGACGGCAGACUGAUUCAGUUUAGUAAUUAGGGCCAUACGCAGUAUUUGUAUUUUAACUAAAAAUUACACAUUUAAAAAAUUAUAAUGUUAGAAAUAAACUUAAGAAUAUGCCGAGUCAUUAAAAUUAUCAAGAUACCGAAAAUAAAAUUCGUUCGUUAAUGUAAAUUUUCUACCUAUAUAUAAUUUUGGAAAAAUAAUUAUGGUAGAGACACACACGCACACGCAUACUCACGCACACACACAAACACGCACACACGCACACACACACGCACAGCCAGGAAUUCGGGGCUGUUUGUGUGCGCGGCCUCCCAUCCAACGUCAUAUGUUAGUCCGUCUGCCUAGUGCGCGGGGGCACAUAGUUAUGCGGAUGAAACCGCGGGGAAUAGCUGUCUAUUACAAAAUUGGACUUUCAAAUUAACGUUUCAGGAUGCUAUUCGUAAAAAGUAGUCGCAACUAUGCAUAGUAUAUACCUAUUACAAGUCACAAGACUAGCUAUAAGUAAAUAAAACAGGUGGCUUACUACCAUCGCUUAAAGCAGUAUUAUUCCAAUAUUGUUGUCGCUGUUGUUUAACAAUUUUAAUCUUUUAUUUUGGAGACGUAGAUUUAUGUCAUAUGAAACAUUUUGCGUUAAGCGAUGGCAGAAAGUUUACAGGUUAGACGUAAUAUCGGAUAUAAAAAUCCUAACUUUUUGGAUAUAAGCAGGCAGUUACUUUACGGAAGUAUGUGAUGAUCGGACUCCAAGAGUAAUUUGAUAUAAACUUCGACAUCCACACAUAUCGAUAUGGCGUGAAAAAAAAUUGCGAGUUUUUAGGAUGAGGAUGUAAGAUACGUAAAGCGUACUGUGGAGAUUUAAAGAGGUAUUACUCUAUACAAAAUAUAAAAUAAUAAAUGUUAUGGUAUGUUGAUAUGAUUUUUUCUAUGAUGUAAACGAGUUUGACGAUAAUAACCUAAAUAAGCCGAAGGGCAUAACGCUUUUUUCUUACGUGACGAUUUCUACCAGUUAAUUCCUACCGGAAGCUGCGAUAAGGCAUUUUGCUCUCAAAUAAUUAAAAGGAUAAAAUACAUUGUACAUAUUGAUGUCGAAGAUUAUAACAAAUAACUUCUGGUGCUCAUUAUAUACACCUAACACUGAAAUGGAGAAAAAAGAUUUUAUAUUGUAAAACUGUAUCUAUGGGCAUUCAUUACAAAAGCUAUGUUAAGAUUUUUUUAAAAGAAGAUUCAUUAUUGCUUUAAAACUAUGAUAAAUUAAUAUUUACGAUACAGGAGUCCCUAAGUUUUAAUGAAUAAAGUAUUAUUUUUAUUAUAUUCCAUCCACUAGCCAAAUAUAAUGUAAU